AUGUUUUCGAGGACUGAAGUUGAUGCCCUCUUCAACGAAGCACUUCGGGUGUCUCAGCGCUCUCUAUUGUUGUUAAACGAGCGGUCGCGGGGCCCACCACCGCCACAACAACAGCACCUCCAGUCGUCAUCGACGGUGGGUUCUUCCGGUUUUGCAACCACCGUGCAGGAGCUGCGUAACCUUGCUGAUUUCUCUGCCUUCGUUGAUGCAGCUGGAGAUGUUUGCCAGCGUAUUCAGAAGGAGUCGAGGCAGCCAUCGAGCACCAUGCAGCGAAGGCGACAGAACGGAGCAACAUAUCCGCUCCUCAGUCGCGUUGUUGAAGGUUUGGUGGGAGUCCGUAGGGUGUGGAACGGGGGAGUGGAGGAGUUGUGGUCGAGUGGCGCAGCGCUCACUCUUUUGUUACUUCGUGCAGCCCUUUUUGCUGAUUGGGUUCAUGGGAUGGCUAAAGCGGAGGAAAUCCGCACAACUCUAUGUGGCGUAACCGAGAACGCAUCAGCGUUUCCCCUGCGGGAACAACUGCGCCGGGAAGUAGAUCCAUUGCUCCUGCUGCUGCGUAAGGUGAGGGAAGGGAUGCCUGAGGAGUUUGUUGACCAAUUUGACGCGGAGGUGAUCCGAGUGAUGUGUAGGUUGCCAAUGUCGGUAAAUGCUGGGAGGGAGCAUGCUAUUGCGCCGCUCUACUCGUUGCUGCUGUUUCCAGGACUUAUUCCAUACGUAGCGCUUAAUGCGGCCCAUCCGCUUGCGGCAAUGAAUGUCGUUGCUCCAAUAGAAAGUAUCGCCACGGGACUGCUACAGGUUUAUUUAAGGGAAAGCGCUGUAGAAUUCAGUCGUGCAUGUAGCACACUUGUACGACACGCCGUGCUCGUCGGGGCGUGUGUGGAGCAAGGUGCGACGUUAGUGGGAGAAAUCCAGAAGGGUGUAUGCUUCAUGAAGCAACUAUUUGAUGCACUGCUUGUCUCCGUUGAGCGUGCCUUUUCCGCUGCUGCAGCACCGCGCGCAGGUAUGACUGAGGUGUUCUGCAGCGCCUUUGCGGGACCGUUUCGGGCACUUGUGCAGAUGUGGGUGAGCACUGGAAGAGAUGCAUCCCCUGUGGUACCGGCAAAUGAGCUCCGCACGCUUUCGCAUGUGUGGUGCACCGCCAGCUACCGUGCCUUGAUUGUGGUUGAGUCUCUUGGCCACGCUGAGCUUGGUGUUUUAAGCGGCUGCGGUAGUGCCACCUCACAGCAGAAGCGAUAUAAUGCCAUGCUGCAACAGUCAAGGGGGAAAAUCACAACUGCCAUUCUCUCUGCUGUAACGGAAGACAGAUUACUACUUUUCGAGGAGACAGCCGCACGGUCAGGUCAUGGGCACAAAGUGUUUCGUAUUUGCGACGCGGGGGUGGCCCCCGCCUCUGGUAGCGGGAAUCCAUGCGUUUUUGUGUACAUUGACAACGGCACUGUUUACAUGAAGGUCGGGAGGGAGCGCACGUUCCGUCGGGCAAACAGCGUGGAGGAGGUGUUUAGUAUCUUCACACAGUAG